AAUUUGCUUUUCCAUAAAAACAAAAUGUUUUCAUCCCAUUUCUGUAAAUUGAUGCUUCACAUUUUCUACAAAUUUUCGAAAAUGGCAGCUCUCUGAUUUCCCCACGACCUCUCCAAUUCCCAUGCUUUUCUACUCCACUUUCGCCCUCUCUCAGCCCUAAUCACUUUUUCGUAUCUCAAUUUUUGAUUUCUCCAGAAAUCGAAGAACCUACCAGCUAAUUAUUCGUUCUCUUGUUUGCUCUAUUUUUUGUUUGGGGGUGAGCCAUGGGGAGGAAUCUAACAAAAUUUAGCAGAUUCGAUUUGGGGAGUGAGCCAAGGAAAUGGCAAAGGGCACAAGAGGUCGACGCAGGAUUGCUUCACGUCAGUGCAGGCCAUCGCCAUACCCCCUACCAUCGCACAAAGAAAAGGACACUUGCUCCAAGGUAAUCAAAAACGACUGGGAAGACGCCACAUGCUCAGUCUGCAUGGAGUGUCCUCACAAUGCCGUUCUUCUCUUGUGCUCCUCCCAUGACAAGGGAUGCCGUCCUUACAUGUGUGGCACCAGUUUCCGCUAUUCGAACUGCCUUGACCAAUACAAAAAGGCGUAUGCGAAAGCAGUGCCAUCUGAGAGCGGUCCGGUUCACGGUUUACUUGAUAGCCAAGUUAUUGGUCCAUUUUCUGGACAGACUGCGGACAAGGGUGGUGCUGCAGAGGUUGCAUGUCCCCUUUGCCGGGGCCAGGUGAAAGGCUGGACUGUAGUACAGCCUGCACGAGAGCAGCUCAAUGCCACGAAACGGAGCUGCAUGCAGGAAAACUGUUCAUUCGUGGGGACAUUCAAAGAGCUGCGGAAACAUGUGCGGGCGGACCAUCCUGCCGCAAAACCAAGAGAAGUGGACCCCACUCUAGAACAGAAGUGGAGGAGGAUGGAGCGUGAUCGGGAGAGGGAUGACGUGAUGAGCACCAUAAGAACAUCAAUGCCGGGGGCAGUGUUUUUCGGUGACUACGUGAUAGAGGGAGGUCAAUACGAUUUGGAUUCAGACGAAGAGGAGGGCUUCGACAUAAAUGCCAUGGAGCGGAACGAGGGCAUUGAAGUUGGCGUUAAUCGGAAUUUGAUGUCUAUGUUUCUCUUUCUGCAGGCCUUUGGUUCUGCAGGCAAUGUCGGAUCGAAUAGGCGACAAGAGAGGGACGCCAACCCCACCACUGUAAUCGACAGGGGAUCCGUGAGACUGCAUCGUGACAACACGAUGAAUGGCUUCGAGUACUCUGACGAAGACAGUGAAAACGACGAUGUGAUUGGGAACGAAAACGACGGGAGCGGUGGUGGUACGUCUCUGAUGGGGCGCCUGCGUCGCCAAGGUAGAGUCAUUUUGGGGCGGUCGGGACGGAGGAGGAGGAAUAGAGAGAUGAAUCAAGGUAUGAGAUAGCUGUAAAACCUUUUAACAUUUGCAAUGCACAUUUGCUAUUUUGCGAUGAUCCAUUGAAUUCAUGAGUUGUAAGAUACUAUUAUAGGAUAGCUCAGGAAUAUGGAUGAAGAAACUUGCCAUCGUGUAAUUUACUUUGUAAUUCAUGAUUUAUUUCUUUUGUCAUGUUGAUUAUUCACUCACUCGUGAGUAUUUACUUCAAAGAAGAAUGUAAUUUCUACAUCA